AUGUCUUCUGUAGACCUCGAGCGGCUUCUCACAGAUUGGGAAGAAUCUUUGAGCGGCGAUGUCCGUCGCAUCGCCCUCCGAGGGACUCAUUUAAAUGCCCCAGGGGCGGCAAAUUUCCGACUAGCCUAUCUAGCGGUCAAGCUUUUGCUCAGACGCAUCCAGCUCGACCUCGACGUGGACAACAUAAAAGCUGAUGAUGACACCACCUCUCCAUUUUAUACACAAGCACAAAGAGCGGCGGAGGAAAUCGUUCAUCUGGACCGUCAGAUAAACAAAACUUGCCAGCGCCAAAACCCAAGAUCGCCCCAAAUGCCACCCAAGCCUGAAUUCAAACAUGCCCUACAACAAAUAACCCAACAAUUCCGCGCCCCAAUCAGCUACAGCAUCGCCUACGGCUCCGGCGUCUUCCCCCAAACCACUAACAAGACCAGCUCCAAUCCCCAACUCCACCCAAGCCCACCCCCAGCAAUAUCACAGGCCCAAAAAGCCCACCCCAAAAUGAUCGACUUCAUCUUCGGGAUCUCACACGCCCAUACCUGGCACACCAUUAACCUCCAACAACACCCUCACCACUACCCACCCCUCCUCCGCUCACUAGGCCCGCGCGCCAUAUCCAAAUGCCAGGAGAACUUCGGCGCAGGAGUCUACUUCCACCCCUUCAUCACCGUCAAUGGAAUAUUAAUCAAGUACGGUGUCGUGAACCUGGAGACGCUACGCCGGGAUCUCGUAGGCUGGAACACGCUUUAUCUUGCGGGCCGGAUGCAGAAACCCGUUAUGGUUCUGCAAGAUAAUGCGGCUAUUCGGGAUGCAGGACGUGCGAAUCUGGUUUCUGCGUUGAGGACGGCACUCUUGUUGCUUCCUGGGAGGUUUACUGAGUGGGAGCUUUAUGCGACGUUAGCGGGGUUGUCGUAUAUGGGGGAUCCGAGGAUGGUGGUUGGGGGCGAUGAUCCUGGGAAGGUUGAGAGCAUUGUUGGGGGUCAGCUUGGAGCGUUUCGGGAGUUGUAUGGGGGCUUGAUUGGGGGGCUAGAGAAUGUGAGCUUGAAUCUUGGUUGUGUUGGUGGGAUAGAGCAGGAUAUGGAUCCUGUUGUGCGCGGCGAUAUGGUGAGGUUGUUGCCUGAGUCUUUGCGGACUAGGCUUUAUUGGAGAUAUGAAGCGAAAUUGAGCGUUUCUCCGGGGCGGUUUGAUCGGAUUUGGGGGGAGAUGGGUGAAUGUGUUCGCCAUUCUGAGGAUGGUUUGUUUGAGCGGAGGAUUGCUGGAGAUGGUGGUCUGGGGAGUGAGAUUAGGAAAACGAUCGAAGAGACAGUUCGAUGGCCAAGUUUCACUCAAAGUGUAAAAAGUGCUGUCACCGCUGGGGUCUCGCGGAGUUGGAGGUAUGCGAUGGAGAAGAGACGGAAGGCUGCGCUGGGGAGGAGCAGAGAUUAA